ACGUAACCUAUUCAAAACAAAAACUGGCCUAGGCGCCUGGGCCAAAAGGAGCAAAAAACUGCUGUUUUUCGUGCGCGUUGCAGCACUUUCGAGACAGCAACCAUGCAGCAACAGAGCCCUACAUCUGCGAGUUUGCUAGCUCUUGUACACUCCUGCCCACCGAAAUGUGAAAGAAUGCAAUGAAGCCACUGAGGGUGCCAUGAUGUCAUCAUCUAAGAAAAGAGCUAGUCUUGAUCUGUCUCAGAUACCGUGUACUCCAGUCAACGAGGGUAGUCGUGUACCUCCAGGAUGUGUGGUCACUAGCCAACGAUGGAAAGGGUCAGAACUGGUCAACACAUUACAAGGGAAAUUGAAAGUUAUCAUUGAGGAUAAGCUAGGUGUGAUUGACUUCCAUCCAUCCAAUGAUGCUGGCAUUGUGUAUAUCUCAGAGACAGACUUAGUGGCUGGAAGUGGCUACAAACAGAAACUAGCUAAACUGAGGAAGGCCAAUAGCCUUAGGGGAAUUGUCAUUGCUGAAUGCACUCCAGUCAGUGAGCAAUACUACGGAGAUCUGCAGAAGUUUGUAGUCUUGGAGCUCGGACUUAAACUACUCUUUGUAACAUCUCAAACAGAAGCUGCCAAUCUUCUCAUCCAAAUGGUAAGCGAGGAACACAAACCCCAGGCCAAUCCCUUCCUCGUUAAGAGACGCAAGCAGUCUAUUGAUGCUGGUGUCCUAGCAACUGUGCAACUCAUCCCUAACGUGGGUCCAGUCAAAGGAAAAGUCUUACUACAAAGAUUUUGGAGCAUUCAAGGAAUUUGUGAUGCAUCAGAAAAGGAGCUAGCUGAGGUUGUUGGUAGAACCAAUGCAAGCAACAUCAGGGCUUUUUUCCACCAUAGGACAUCGCAGGCUAUUGGACAGUCAUCUUCUGUCACCUGAGCUGUCAGCUGUCACCCUAGCUUUUCUGUGUUACCCGAAGUAUUGUGUAUUCCAAGCCAUCGAGUGCCAUCUGGUAAUUUGUAACCUGAACCAGUCUGUCUGCUGAAAUUACACCUGCUGCCUGAGUUGUGGAUUGUCCCUUGCAACAUACCAUGGUCAUGUGACAUAUUGCUCCAGAGUUUUGACAUUAAUAAACUUCAGAUCAAAGUUGCUGACUCAAUGAAAGUGAGAUUGCACUGUUUGAUAACUCAUGAAGGAAAGUUAUCAAACAUCCAGCAAAAGACAUUCAAGAUAUUGAAGUAUUAAGGUUGCAGUACUAAAUGAGACAUAGGAGCAAGGGCCAAUAUAGUAGAAUGAGAUUAAAUUGUACUUUGGUCUUAAAUGCAUCUUUUUGCUUCUUAUUUGAGGGGGUUAAGUAUUGGUUUUGUGUAAUUUUGUAAUUAUGUUCGUGUACGUUCUUUGUGUUUUCGUUUGGUGAUGUUAGAAUGUAAAUUUC